UCUUGAACAUUUUUUGUUCGUUUCAUUCUUCUUCUUCUUCUUCUCAGAUAGUGACAAACUAUGACGCAGUACGACGACGCCAACAAGGGUCAGCCCGACCCCGCUGCCGUGCACGACUCGGACGACUACGAAGACGUUGGCGCGCCCCGUGAUGCUGGCGCUGGUGCGGUGUCGACUCAGCCGCUUGCAGCGCGGCCCGGCUCGACAGCGACGUAUGCGACGCCGUACGCAGUGCAAGGGGACAAUGUCUCAUCGACCUACACGUCGCCGCAGCCGGCGCCGGGCCAGCCGCCAGUGACGACGUCGAUCGACAUGCCCGCAAGCAGCCACCGCAAGGCAACCGGCGGCGCGCACGGCAGCGCUGGCAGCUUUGGAUGCGGAGCCUUCAUGGUUUCGCUGGCCAUGUUCGACGCGCUGCCGGACGUCAAGCACAAGAUCUUCCUUGCGCUGCACAUGUGCUUCUUCACUUGGGCCUUGUUCACAGGAUUUUCCUGGACAUACCAAUUUGCCAACAUGCUGCUCAUCGCCAUGGGCAUCUUCCAUGUCUGCAUUGAGCCCAAGAAUCGCCAACUCUUCUCCAUUUUGCUCGCCUACCUGUUGUUCUCCAUCGUCACUGAUAUCUGCGUGUUGGGCGUUUUUGGCGAAGCGUACUCCAACGGCCUGGCCCGCGACAAGUUCUCAUUGGCAAUGGCUGCCAUCAACAUUGCCGUGAAGCCAUUCACCCUCGCCUUCGGUAUCAAGGAGUACCGUGAUUACUUUGUCCACGGCAACAAGUAAACUCGCCGUACUUGAUCCCAAGUCGCAGACCGAGGCAGGUCUCCUCGCACACACACUUUCACUUCCAUUGGUGAAUCAGAAAUUUAGAAAAAGAGUGUGAAGAGAGCGCGCGCGCGAAAAACCAAAAAACGCUUGAUUCGUUUUGUUUGUGAACAAUAUAUUGCAUGCCUGAUCCACACA